AUGAUAAUCUCUGCAAACAAUCGCCCCAUCAUUCAACGUCUUAUUACCCUUUCUUCUUCUAUACUUAACUAUUCUACUAAAACAACUAAUAAAUUCAAACUACCAUCAUAUACUUCAGAAUCAAAUAGUCAACUAAUAAAACUAUUUAAUAAUCGUGGUGAAUAUGAACGUGCAUUUCAAUUAUUUGAUAUACUUAUUAAACAAAAUAAUGUUACUACUAUAUCAUUAUUAACUAUUAUUGAUACAUGUACUCGAUCAAAUCAUAUUGAACGUGGUCGUCAAAUUGAAACAUUUAUUAAUCAAUCAAGUAAAUGGAAAGAUGAUAUACGUCUUCAAACAUCAUUAAUUAAAAUGUAUAUGAAAUGUCAAAUGAUUGAUCAAGCUGAACGAAUUUUUCAAAAAAUUUCUCAAUUACCUGAAUGUGAUGUUGUUGUUUAUAAUGCUAUGCUUAAAGGUUAUCUUCAAAAUCAUAAAGCUGAAUAUUGUUUUUCAUAUGUUGAUAAAAUGCGUUCAAAAAUUUCACCUGAUAAUGUUACUUAUAUUCUUUUACUUAAUGCUUGUACAAUUUUACGUGAUGAAAAACGUGGUAAAACAAUACAUAAUGAAUUAUUAUCAUCAUUAAAUAUUCAACAUGUUCAUUUACAAAAUGCAUUAAUUGAUUUUUAUGGUAAAAUUAAUCAAAUAAAUAUUGCGGAAAAAAUUUUUUAUGAAAUGAAUUUACGUGAAACAAGUACAUAUAAUUCAUUAAUGAAAGCAUAUCUUGUUAAUAAUAUGCCAUUAAAAGUAUUAGAAUUAUUUGAACAAAUGAAACAAAUAGAUUUAAAUACAAUUGGACCAUUGAAUUUCAAACCUGAUUUAAUUACAUUUAUGGCUAUUUGUGAUGCAUGUGAAAAACUUGGAUUAUUAAAUAGUCCAAAUAGUUCAUAUGAACAAUAUGAUUGGAAAAGAAUUUUUUCAAGAAUUUCAACAACAGUAAAAUAA